CAUCAGGAUGGGUGUGAGCUGCAUAUACGAAAGCGCCGCCGCCAUCUUGGUUAAACCCGUCACACCGGUUACAUAUCGCGUAUGUUAGCGCGUGUAUCCAGAGAGAAGACUAGCUAGCAGCUAACUGGGUAACCGACCUAGUGCAUAACUGCGUUACAUCAAUUUGGGUCGUGUCCCACCUGGGAAAUAUCGGCCUCUAGAAGCCAACACUGACUGCUGUAUGUGCUGUGAUAUCAGUCCGACACACUGAGCCGUUACACUAAAACAACAUAGCGAAAAGCUGUGGUGACUUUGCGAAUUUGUUUGUUUAUUUUUUUUCCUACGUAGGGGCUGUCGAGACGCGACUGGUUUCAUCGAGCCCUGAUAUUGAGCCAAACGAAGAGUUAUGUCCUGCCCAUGCACUUCGGCUGCCAGGUUGUUCCUAAACACUGCCCACCGAGGAUUGUCCUGCUCCCGGAUCCAGUUGUUUUCGCUGAGUCGUCAGGGGUUUCGGGAAACAUAUUUACCCCCGAGGGUACGGGUGAGGUCGUUUUCAGAAACGGCUGUCUGCUAUGCUGCUAAAGAUGGGACAACUAAGGACGGUGGAAGCGAUAGUGGGAAGAAAAGCCUCAGUGAGGCGAAGAGACAUUCUGGCUCUGGAGGAUCAGGCAAGGGGGGAAGCCAGCUACGUUGCCCUAAAUGUGGAGAUCCAUGCACACAUGUAGAGACCUUUGUAUCAUCAACACGGUUUGUCAAAUGUGAGAAAUGUCAUCACUUUUUCGUGGUUCUGUCUGAAAUGGACUCUAAGAAGGGACUAAACAAAGAGCCAGAAUCUGCUGCGGAGGCAGUGAAACUGGCAUUUGCACAGAAACCGCCCCCUCCUCCUAAGAAGAUAUAUGCUUACCUCGACAAGUACGUAGUUGGCCAGUCUUAUGCAAAAAAGGUGUUAGCAGUUGCAGUGUACAAUCACUACAAGCGCAUCUACAACAACAUCCCUGCUGGGAGUCGACAGCAGGUGGAGGUGGAAAAACAGCCCUCUCUAACACCUCGUGAACUAGAGAUGAGAAGACGAGAGGAUGAGUACAGGUUCACAAAACUGCUGCAGAUUGCAGGGAUCAGUCCUCAUGGAAAUGCUCUGGGAGCGUCUAUGCAGCAACAGGCAAGCCAGCAGGCACCUCAGGAGAAGAGGGGCGGGGAGGUCCUGGACUCCACACACACUGACAUUAAACUGGAGAAGAGCAACAUCAUACUUCUAGGUCCAACUGGCUCAGGAAAAACAUUGUUGGCGCAAACACUGGCAUGUUGUCUGGAUGUUCCAUUUGCAAUAUGCGAUUGCACAACACUGACUCAAGCUGGGUACGUGGGAGAAGACAUCGAGUCAGUUAUUGCCAAACUGCUGCAAGAUGCCAACUAUUCAGUGGAGAAAGCACAACAAGGUAUUGUGUUUCUGGAUGAGGUUGAUAAAAUUGGCAGUGUGCCUGGAAUCCAUCAGCUGAGAGAUGUGGGCGGAGAGGGAGUCCAGCAGGGGUUGCUUAAACUCUUGGAGGGCACAGUCGUCAAUGUUCCUGAGAAGAACUCCAGGAAACUGAGAGGAGAGACGGUGCAGGUGGACACAACAAACAUUCUGUUUGUUGCCUCUGGUGCUUUCAACGGACUCGACAGAAUCAUCAGCAGAAGGAAGAAUGAAAAGUAUUUGGGUUUUGGAACUCCCUCCAACAUGGGAAAAGGGCGGCGCGCAGCGGCUGCCGCAGACUUGGCCAACACCAGCGGAGAGACGGACACAUUGGCAGAGAUCGAGGAGAAGGACAGGCUGCUGAAGCACGUCGAGGCCAGAGAUCUGAUUGAAUUUGGAAUGAUCCCCGAGUUUGUUGGCCGUCUUCCUGUGAUCGUGCCUCUGCACAGCCUGGAUGAAGAAACGCUAGUCCGAAUCUUGACUGAACCACGCAACGCUGUGGUGCCUCAGUACCAGGCUCUGUUCAGCAUGGACAAAUGUGAACUCAACGUGACUACAGGUGCCCUGAGGGGCAUCGCCAGGAUGGCUCUGGAGAGAAAAACUGGAGCUCGUGGACUCAGAUCCAUCAUGGAAAAGCUCCUUCUAGAGCCCAUGUUCGAGGUGCCACACUCUGACAUCAUUGCUGUUGAGCUGAACAAAGAAAUUGUCCAAGGAAAAUCCCAACCGAGAUAUAUCCGAGCCCCAGCCAAGGAGUCUACAGAAGAGGAAUACGACUCGGGCAUUGAGGAGGAGAACUGGCCUCGGCAGGCGGACGCUGCUAACAACUGAACAACAUGUCACUCAUUUCACCUAAAGACAGUCUGUGAAAUCAUUAGAUUAUUAUGAACCUUAUGAAAUUCACUCUGGAUUUUACCAUAGCCUCUGACAAACAAGCUGUGGACUCUGUAGAGGUAAUAAUGAAGGCUGAGUGUUUUCCUGAUGAACAAGUUAAGAGAGUGUAACAAACUUUGGUCCCGUGCAUCAGAUGUUAAUUCUCUAGCGGUGCACUCACAGGGUGGACCUUCAUAAACUAUUUCAAUCUCUGGGGAUUGUUAACAUUUUUAUCUAUCUGAAGAUAAUGCAAUUUUAUUCACAAAAGGAUUUGUAGCUCGUUUAUUAGUUUUUCUCUUUUGUGGUGAUGGCUGUAAUGGCAAGGGAAGCAAAUGGAAAUUAUGGGAUCAUACUUUACGCUUGAAAAGAAGUGGCGCUGAGUAAGUGUGAUGGAAACAUGUUAUGUAAUGCCUUAUAUCAUAAGGUCAUCAUAUUAUUUAAUGAGCAUCAAUAUUUUUACCACCAUUGUAGAAAUGGUGCUCACGAACACACAAAGCUCGUACGUUGCUCAGGUGGCAUUUGUAAGCAGUUUGUAAGACAUGACUUCUAAUUAGGAGAACACAUUGUAAAGUUUAACGCACAAGCAACCUAAACAAAGCAGGUGUUAAACAAUGGUGACCUUUUUAAAACAGCCAGAAUGGAUAUUUUUCAGUGUUUUGCUUCCACUUGUAGCCCACCAUUUAGGGAAUGUAUCUGUGUUUACUUCCUGACCCGAUCAUCGCAGGACUGGAUCAUUAUGCUGUCUCUCAAAGCAGGAUUAGCCGGUUGCCAGGUAACUUUGAAGCGUUAUACAAUUAUCCUCUGAUGUUUUGUAGUCGAUGUCCUCCAACUUACAGUACACGACUGAAUCAUAUUUUAAAAUUUGAUAUUCAAGCUUCAUUAUCGUGAUUCAAAUCAUAAUCAGACUUAGAUCUCUUUCACAGUUGGCCGGACGCCGCUCAACACCUGCUUUGCCAGGUAUUUUUAUUUUCAUUGUGUGUGUCCCAGCGUUGGAAACCCACCUGUGUUAGUGAUACAAUCCUAUCUCAAUACACACGUCUGUAAUCGAGCCGAAACGCUCUCCGGUUGAACUGAAGCACGCUGCUGUUCUCUUUAAAAUGCUGUUUGUGCUUUAACUUGAGAUUAAACUAGAUCCGUUCUCUUAGCUUUUAAGUUUCCUUUUCUUUCAGUUAAGUUUAAAAACUGCUUUUCUGUUUUCAGAGGUCUGUUACAGCACCUGUAACCUCCCCCAGUUUGUGGAUCUAAAAUGAUUUGUGAUUGUUGAAAAUAUAUAAAUAAAAUGUAAAUCUAUGUACAGCAUUUUUAUUUUUAUUUGCCUUUACACUUGUCCGAAGAACCGAACGUAAGCUUCAAAUUGAUUAGGUUACCGUGGUCAGUGUGUCAACAUGUUUCUCAAAUGUUCUCAACACAUAAAUCAAUAAAAUAGGAAAUGAAUGUCCCAGACAUCACAA